UCAACCUCCCCCCGCUUUCUCUCGCUCUCUUUUUAACUGUUGCUGUUUCCCCUUCAAUGUCCUGGCACGCCAACACUUUCAUUUAUAUUGCGCGUACUUCUUCACAAGCAGCUUCAUUCCCCCUCGGGGCAGCGAGUCUCUGCCUCUUUCCCCCCUCAUCCAUUAUCUCAGCGCCGGAGAGGUUCAUUUUUCCCCACUACACUAUGAUCUUGCUGUGUCUCCUCAUCGGGCAAGCUCUGCAGUUUGGUGAGACCGUUGAACUCUCUGCUGGCUCUUGUGCCUUCGAAGACAGCACUUGUGGUUAUGUGUCAGACUUCUCUUCUCUGCCCUGGAUCUUGAAUGAAGAAGGUCAUUACAUUUCUGUGGAUACUUCACAGGGAACAAACGGUGACACAGCUGUAUUACUGAGUCCUGGACUACAUUCUGAAGAAUGGAGCUGUAUCAGACUUAUAUAUCAGAUUGCAACAUCUUCCGAACUGCCUGUAGAUCCCACCACUUUAAAUCUGUAUCUAAGAGUAGAAGGAGAAAGCUUUGAUAAUUUGCUUUGGACAACCACAGAGCCCUCAGAAAGCUGGCUCAUAGCUAGUCUUGAUGUCAGAAACAGUACAAGUAAGUACAAGAUCAUGCUAGAAGGUGUGUUGGGAAGAGACAUUUCUGCCAGCAUAGCAAUUUUUGAAAUUAAAAUAACUACGGGCCACUGUAUAGAAUGUAACUUUGAAGAAAACCAUCUUUGUGGUUUUAUGAACCGCUGGAAUCCCAAUGUGAACUGGUUUGUUGGUGGAGGCAACAUUGGAAAUUCACAGUCCAUCCUUCCGAGAGAUCACACUCUUAAUGAUGAAUUUGGUCACUACAUGUAUGUGGACUCUCUUUAUGUAAAGCAUUUUCAGGAAGUGGCUCAGCUGGUCUCUCCUCGGACAACGACACCGAUGUCAGGCUGUUUGUCCUUUUAUUAUGAAAUGCAGCAAGAAAGUGGCAUUGUUUUCACAGUCUACAUGAAAGAUAUAACUGGCUUUUAUGAAGAGCUUUGGAAAGCAGACAGUAGUGUGAAUACAGAAUGGGUUUUAGCAGAAGUUGAUUUCAAUGCACCAUACCCAAUGGAGGUUAUUUUUGAAGUUGCUUUCAAUAGUGCGAAAGGAGGAUAUAUUGCCCUUGAUGAUGUUUCUUUCUCUCCUGUCUUUUGUAGCAACCAAACAGAAAUUUCCUUUGCUCCCCCAGAAGCAAGCUGCACUUUUGAAGAGGAUUUGUGCAAUUUUUAUCAGGAUAACCAGGAUGGCCCUGGCUGGAGCAGGGUAAAGGUAAAACCUAAUGCAUACAGGCCAGGAGACCAUACUACUGGAAUGGGUUACUACUUGCUGGCAAAUACAAAGUUUACACUACAACCUGGGUAUAUUGGCCGUUUAUACAGCCCCACCCUGCCAGGAAAUUUUCAGUAUUGUCUGCGAUUUUAUUAUGCCUUAUAUGGCUUUUUCAAAAUGAGAGACAGUCUGGCUGUUUAUAUCUUUGAAGAGAACCAUGUAGUUCAAGAAAAAAUCUGGUCUGUCUUGGAAACUGCCAAAGGAGUCUGGACUCAAGUCGAAAUCACCUUCAAAAAACCCAUGCCUUGCAAGGUGGUAUUUGUAAGCUGGUGCAAAAGCUUUUGGGACUGUGGACUGGUGGCAUUGGAUGAUGUAUCAGUAGGUGUCGGAAGCUGCCACAGUACUGACUUAUCACCUGCUUUUCCUAGAGAAUGCACUUUUGAAAGAGAUGAGUGUGCAUUUACUCAGCAAAAGAAAAACCGGGGCAGUUGGCACAGGCGAAGAGGUCAGACUCCUACAUCUUACACUGGACCAAAAGGAGACCACACUACUGGGGUAGGGUACUACAUGUACAUUGAGGCAUCUAACAUGGUCUAUGGACAGAAAGCAUGGCUUAUAUCAAGGCUUCUACGAGGCACCUCUAGGCUCCAGUGCCUUAUAUUUUUUUAUCAUAUGUAUGGAGCUGGAACAGGGAUAUUAAAUGUUUAUGUAAAGAAACAUGGUGAAAAGGAUGAGACCCUCCUCUGGAGAAGGCAAGGAGAACAAAGCGUCACUUGGCUAAGAGGCCUCAUAGAAUAUACAUGUGACACGUAUCACCAGAUUAUAUUUGAGGCAGUUCGUGGUGUGUCAAUAAAAAGUGACACUGCUAUUGAUGACAUCAGGUUUCAGUCAGGACCUUGUAAAGAAAUGGGAGAAACAACAAUGCAAUCUUCUGGAUACUCUGCUGAUUUUAAUGAAAUUGAAUAUUGAGCUCUAUGGAAGUGGGAGAACACUGCAUGCCUAAUUUCAGUGGAAACUGCACAGACCCUUCCUCAUUUAUUAAAGAAAGAAAAGAAAUACUGGACUAUUUUGCUUAGGGCCCAAAGGCAUGGGGAGAAUUCGGCAAGGACUCAAUAUUGGACUUUCCUGUAAAGUUACUGACUCAGGGCUUCCUUCAUGUUGUUUUUAUUGAAUUUUAUUUUGCAUGUGACAUUGGUUAUGAUAAAAGACUAUUAAUUUUGCACGACUGUGUAAUAAUAGAAAUAGAUGUUUGGGGGGGGGUAAAUAUUUUUGGCCACAUAGUAACAAAACAAAAUGGACACAAUCUUUCAUUGUGUUAACUAAAUCUGCAUUCAGUGAAUGUCUUUUUUUUUGGCAAAUAAUAGGUUUUAUAAGAAUUAUAGGAUUUUGAUAUAAGAAAAUAGCAUUGAACACUAAGAAAAAGAGGGGCUGCCAAUGAAGAAAGGGAUAUUUUGAUUCCUUAAUAAAGGCUGACUGUGUAGAAAAAAGCAGUUGGAGCUUUUUAUGGCAUGGAGGUAAAUAACAGCCCAUCAAGCCUCUAUUAAGGGGCCAGGACAUUUCUUUUUCAUGCUGUUGGCAACUCUACCGAUAACUUGCAGGCUGAAUGCUAUUGUUUUACUUGCUGUUUGGGAAGACAGACCUGACCUCUUUAGUAUUAAAGAAUUCUCUUAACAAAAUAAGUACCCAGCAUAGUCAUUUCUUGCCAAAGAGUUAACAUGAUGAUUUUGUCAUUCCUGUGACAGCAGAUGAACCGCUGUAAAUGUUCUAAUAUAAUUUCAAUACAAUAAUAUUGACAUGCAUAAGUUACAAAAAACUCAGUUUGGCAUACAGUUUUUUAUCAGUGGGUGGAUUCACUUGCACACAGUGGUCUCAUAUCAUACUCAGACACAGAUUAUUUAAUUUCCAGUCGUACAUUUGAUUUUCAAACAUUUAUAGUCAUGUAUGUGUUGUGUGCAUUUUAUAUAUAUAUGUGUGCAAAUUUUUAAUAUAACAUGUGUGAUAUGCUGUUCUAUAAUUAUCUAAUAAAAUGCAACUUUAAAUAAC